CUCUCUCUCUCUCUCUCUCUCUCUCUCUCUCUUUCGGUAGUACUCCAAAGCUAUGACCAAGCUCAGUGGUAAGCUAUGUACAUUUAGGUACAGUAUACACAUGUACAUCGAACAUCGGCACGUGUUUUUACAAAAUGCACAGCUUGGCUCCAAGAACACUAACGAUGCAAACAUUUGGCAUCGGGAGGUCACCCCAACCGUUAACAGUCAUGUUCCUUACUGCUCAUUUUCCACUGUUCUUGUUGGGCGUCGGUUUUACAAUUAAUUGCAUUUUGAGCGUCAACGGAGAAACUGUAUGCCCCGAUGGGUGGACAGCGUAUGUCAACAAUUGCUACACCGUCACCAGCGCUACGUUUUACAGUGAUGAGGCCGCCGCCAAAUGCUCUACCAUUGGCGGCUACCUUGCCGUUCCACGUUCUCAAGACGAGAACAAUUUUGUGCUGGAACACUUGGUAGCAGCCAACCAACCGAUAUGGAUAGGUUGUAUUUUUGAUUCAGAAAUCGAAUCUUAUAAGUGCAAUGAUGGCGCCGAUGAAGUCGAGUAUCGGAAUUGGCGCGCCGACCUAGAUGGUUGGAAAUGUAUUUACAUGCUCAACGGAACUUGGUGGGAACCUGCGGUUGAGGAGGACUGUCGCAAUGGUGGAACGACAAUGGCAGCCCUCUGCAAACGUGCCCCCCUGAUACCCGAGCUCGGACUCGUCGGUUCUGCCUUGCGUGAUGUCUGCUGCAAGACGCUUCAGCGCUGGCGGCUCCUCAUCGCCCGUCUGGCCCGCCACGUCCUGAGGGAGGCCCCUGCUCCGAGCAUCAAAAUCUGCGUCUUAGCCUGUGAGGAGGAGCCCCUCUGCCGGUCCAUCAACUUCAUCCAGACCCCUCAGAGUCCCAUCGGGGGAGGCACCUGUCAACUCAACAAUGCUACUCGUUUCGAUGCCGUGGGCGACUUGGCUCUCGCGCCUUGCGAUGCCUUUUGUGUGUACGGUGAAAACUAGAUUGUCAGCGAAACUCGAAAUUCUGUAUGCCUAUACGUAUAUCCCAAUCGAAGCUUGUUAUGAAAAAAAUUGUCAGGUCAAUUAUUCCCUUCAGGUUUUUCCAGACCCCAAGGCACGGGGCCUGGUUCUUUUCCGACUUUGCUCUGACUUAAUCAAGUUAACGAGCUACAGGAUGGACAUUCUCAAAAUUACUCAGAGGGGAGCGGACAGCAAACUUUAUUUCUAAUCAUAUAUAACGGGUU